CAAGUCAAAAUAGAGUAGAAGCACAAUAUUCACGUAAAGAGGCUUAACCCAUACAUUAAUUAUCCAAAUAAAAGCUCGCAACUCUCAAACUCAAUCAUUAGCACUAUCCAAAAAUCAAAAGAUAUAUGUGGCACCAUCAAUUUCUUUAACUCUCAAACUUUGACUUGCCAAUGCCAGCACACUAAGAAACGACCAAGUAUGAUUACAACUCAACAAUACAGUAUAGUGAGUUCAGUUUUAAUUGUCAACCCGAGUCCUAUAUGUACUGACUACUCAGCAAAUUAUUUAUUAUCUAGCGAUCAACCAACGUAUAGAGGAGUUGUUUGUAUGCAAAGUAUAAAAGAAAGCAGGUAAAUGUUAUGAUUUUCAACUGUGAGAAAGACCACUCAUGUAACCGCCCCUCUAGUCUGCAGUUAGGCCAAGUUGUAACUCCCCCAAUUCGUUUCAAUCGAUAUUUAUAUUGCGAAAAGUCCCGAAAGAGUUUGGAAUCUCGACUAAAGCAGACCAGACCAAGAACCUCUUGAAUAAACUACAAACGCAAUUCGGUAAGCCUUCCUCUAUUGGCUUUUGGUUCCAGUACAGAGCAAUGAAUCGAUUUACUACUUCCAAAUGAAGUUGCUCUAUUGACCUAUUCACAAACUAUCAUUCUAGGUCAAAGCAAGAAUCAUACAAAUGUGAUCAAGACUCAUAUAAUUCUGAUUAAUGCCCCAAUUGAAUAUAAAUAAUCAAAUGUCAUGUAUGUGGGUUCAUACAACUGCUCCUAGCAUACAGAUCUAGGUUUCUUCAUACCAAGACGGAAGAUGUGCUUAAUCCAUGGAGAAAGGGAUAAAUGCAAGGCUCGAGACGGACAUCAUUGUGUGAAUGAGUGAAAUCUUCUCCAAAUCAGCAAUCGAUACUCCGAGGGGGAGGAAUCAAGCUCCAAUGGUCCUAGGUGGUUUCAAAUCAGCUCGUGACUCUCCAAACGAGUUAUAACCUAAGUCACGACCGUAAACGACGUCGUCCCUUCAAUCCGGAAGGAAAGAGUUACGGUUGACAGCUGGGAGUUAAGGCCAUCAUACUCUAGCUUCGCAACAUGCCAUAUGACCUUGACUAGCUGAUACGUGCUUUCGCUUCAUGCCAUGACCUAAUCAAUGAAGAACAUUGAACUGAAGAUAAAACAUGAUUAAGAGUGGGCCUCUUGAGACAUAAUUGAUGGUCUAUAGCAUCGAUGAUCUAAGAGUCAAGCAUUGAUACUACUUGAGCUAUAUAUGGUUGGUGCAUUAUAACUCCCGAUGGGCCUUAUGCCGAGUUGGGCUUAGUCGUUGGGGUAUUAUUAUUUUUGGUUAAUUGUUAUGUUAUUGUGAUUAUUUAGGGAUAUUCGUAUUAGUUUAUUGUGUCUUGUUGAGUAAGUUAUUAGUUACCUUAUUAGAGUGGGAUAAGGUUAGCUAUUAGGUUUUCUUGUGUUUCCCUAUAAAUAUGUACUUUGUGGUUCAGUUAUGAAUAAGAAGAAGAUUAUUCCAGUAAUUAUCAUAGUCGCUUAGGAGUAGAAUUAAAAUAAUUUAGCGAUUCACGACGCGUGAAUUCUAUCACGCGCCAAUGGUUAAUAAUUUUCUCUACUCUUGUGUAACAUCAAUGGGGGUAUCACUAGAAUGUAAUUUCUUAACAACCUAUAUUAUACUAAGCACAAUGUAUAUAGUAAUAUACUAUAUAAUCACAAGCAUCGAUAAGAAAUAAUUCAUAUUGAACUAAUGAGUCUCGCCCAAAACCUUCCUAAACCUACUAGGACACAGUUUCUCUCACUUAGGGAUGAAACAAGGCCUUUUGGAUCUUUAUUUGAGCUUGGGCUUAAGUGGCAGCGGGGUGACGGUUCUGGCUGACACAUGUUUUCUUCGUGGUUUGAGCUCUUUUGCCCAUAAGCAACCUCUCAUGAAGAUUUUUUCGUGAUUUGACCAAAUUUGCUUGCCGUUUGACGUGGUAGGGAACCCAUUGUAAGAUAAAAGAUAUUAGAUACUCAGAAAGUAAACAAGAUGUAUAUGCUCUGGAAUUCCUUAUAAUGUACUCAAUAACAUACUAAGGCACCACAUGAUCAUAUUUACUCGUUAUGCAUGUUGGUUCAGUUUUUAUGUUAUGGAAGAAUGGUAUUAAGAGUAGGACUGACCCUUUUGCUCGCACUCAGGAUUUGAAGAAGCACUAGAGUAUAAUAGGGAUUCAUCAUUUCACAACAAGGAUUAGUGGAUCCAGAGGACUCCAAGAUGAAGUUAGUAAAGUUCAGUACUUGGUGGGACAUAAGACUUUAUGUGAUUUUUCAAAUGGAUGUUUCAAAGUCAAAUUUUUCAAGUAUGUUCAUGUUUCAAUGUUGUUUUGUAUUUAUCACCUCUGUUGUUGUUCAACAUAUUUCAAUAAUGAUUUAUGAUUAAGGGAAUUUUGGUAAAAAGCAGUACCUGACCGUGUUAGGUUGUUACAGAAACCAACCAGAAGGGAGGAAUCGACACUAAAAAUGGCUACACAGGCCCUGUUUUCUCUAUUGUGGCUGCCGAUUCCUGUGGUAUUUUGGGGACUUUGUUUUGAUCAAUGAUAGCCCAGAAACCCUUACCCAUGGCUUACUAGUUCUUUAGGUGCGUAGGUAUGUGAACCCUAGGGGUUAUAGUCAUUUAAAACUCGAUGUCUGGUUUAAUGCGAUUGUUUUUUUUUCAUAUGUGCUGAUUCUUGAUUUCCUCUAUUUUGUUAUUUGUCCAUUUGGAUGAAUGCUUGGUCAACCUUGCACUCUUCGAGGUGCAAGGAUCGAAAUCCUAGUCGUGUUGGAUUAGACAAGACAUGGCGGUCCUAUUCGAUCGAUCCUUCAAUCCAACGACGUGAUGCCUCAAGGGAGGAAUCCAUAGGGUCCUUAUCUCCCAUUAAUUCGGGUAAAUGCUUUGACACAAGGUGAUAUCGAAUAGAAUACAAAAUUGGAAGCUCAUAUGUUGCCAAUUAUUGAGGGAUACGCGACUAUGCGAUCUAGAUGGAGCUUUCCUAUGCAAUUUCUUCCUUCUCUGCUAUCUGGUCCAUCCAACUUAGCUAUAUGUUCACUUUUAUGUGCACUCUUUUCUUUUUGUUUUUGUUUUCCAAAACUAGAGGCACCUCAACCCCCUACAUUAUUUUUUUCUAAAUAAACUGGAACCGUACCUCACUACCAAAGUAAGGUUUAUGCGAGAGGCCCUAGGGAAAUACGAUCCUGGAUUUCGGGCCACCUAAAUUUGGUAUGUGCAGCAAUCAAUGACAUCAGUAUCAAAUAUGAGAGUGAUAAACACUAUAAAUUGAGUGUCAUCAGAAAUACCCCACACCUGAACUUUGUUUCUCCCCAAGCAAAUACUACUCAUGAUCGUACAACUCAAUGAAAACCCGACAAUUAUCACUCAACCACAAUCUUAGGUUGUGGAUCAAAAGUAAACUUACAACGUCAAUAAUAGCAUGAGAGACUCCUCUCAAAACAAUAGGGUGAAGUUUUUGAAAAACGUUUUUAUCUUUGAAUGCUUCUACCAUCAACUUGACAUUCCUUUAAGCACUUUUGCCUUCUUAAAAAACAUACUCAUUUUCUUAUCUUGCAAACAUAAUUUUUUCUCCUUUUCUAGACUUCUCUGUGUGGAGAGCUCACUAAAGCAUUAGACCUUUAUUAGUUGAGAAAGAUCUCUAAGCUCCUACACCGCAAUUUGAGCGGAGGAUCAAUUAAAUAAGGGGUUUCGAAAGCUCUAUCCAUUCCCUUAAGAACACAUCCUCAAGUUUUCUAUCAAUUAGACGAGUGGAGAUUUUACUUGUACUAGAGAGGAACUAGCAUCACCUUGUAGGAUUUCCUCACUAAAGCUCAAUUUUUAUCUUGUCCAAAACCCGAAUUAUUGCAAUAAAAAAAUGCAUCACAUGUUGGGCUUACCACACAUAAUUUCUCAGCAUAACAUGCCAAUUUUUCAAAAAAUACAAUGUCUUGAUGGUUAGAUCUUUGCAUCCAUAGAAGAUACAGUUCACCCUAUUGAAAAAACUUUUAAAAGGGAAAAAUACUAUGCAUAAUCAGAAAUCCAUGAAUAGAUCAAACAACAUAUUAUCCAAACAUAUCAAAUGGUCAUUUCGUCCCUUUGACUAUAAACAAAUUACAAUUGAACAUCUAAAAAACAUUUUGAAAUACAUGGAUUUUAAAUACAAGUAUUUAAAACACAUGCAUUUCAAAUACAUUUUAUUUAAGAUACAUGGGUGUGUUUGGAUAGAAUGAUUUGGAUUUAAUAUUUGUGAUUUUGAUUUCUAAAUGUCAAAUCAUUUGUUUGGAUAUAAAUCACAUUUGGUAUUUGAAUUUGUGCCAAAUUCAUGGAGUGAUUUCCAAAUACAUGUCUAGUGUAUUAAUUGUCAACUUCAAAUACAUUUCAACCACUAGUGAUUUGAAAUACCUCCUAACAAAAGAUUGGAUAUAUUUGUAAAAUUUUAAAAGUUUAGUUGCUAUAGUGUGAGGAAAAAGAUAUAAAGGUACCAAAAAUUUCUGGAACUAUUUGUAAAAUUUUAAAAGUUUAGGUACUAAAUUGUAAGAAAAAAUAUAUUUGGGUACCAAACUGUAAUUUACCAAAAUUAUUAGUAAGAGAAUCCACAUUAAAAUAUAAUAUAUAAUUACAGAUGCAUUGCAAGUUAAUUGCAUUGAUGUAGGUGAAUGAAAUUAAUGUGAUGUGGAUUGCAAAAAAAUUGAGUUGGCAAUAAAGAAUACAAAUGCAAUUGUUUUUGCAAUUGCAUUUAUGCUGAUGCUCUAAGUGACCAAAAAUUUAAAAUUAAAAUAAAAAAUCAUAAAAUUUGGAAUGCAUACAAAUUACAAUUGACUAUAAAUUUUUUUGAAUUACAUGUAUUUCAAAUACUAGUAUUUCAAAUACAUACAUUUUAAUUACAUUUAUUUCAAAUACCUUACAUUUGAAAUACAACUAUCCAAACAAGCCCAUAUUUAAAUUCCAAAACGCACCCUCAUAAUGUGCGCAAGUCAGAAUUCUAUUACAGAACAAGUGUAAAGGACUGCCUAAUAAUUCUUGGUCUAUAGAAGAGCUUAAUUAUCCCAUACGGAUUAAGAAGCAAGAGAGAAGAUAUUGAGACUACUCCCAGCCGGCCGGCCCCAUCUUCCAUAAUCCAUACAACGUAACUUCAUCUCCAAAAGCAAAUGACCACUUCAAGGCUCAAGCUGGACAUUGAAAUUUGAGACGGAACUGUUAGUGUUGUGGUAUAUGAUCCACGAUUGAACUUCUCCCAACAAUUCGAGUUAUUGAGACCAAUUGGUUCUUGACAUGGUAUCAGAGCCUUCUGUGACGAGAGGUCUUGUGUUCUAUUCCCGGUGACCCCCAUUUGUUAAGCACAUGGUAUUCUUGUCUUCAGACCUGUGCAAACUUCAAACUCUUGUGAGUGGCUUUCGUUUGAGGGGGUGUGUUAGUGUUGUGGUAUAUGAUCCACGAUUAAACCUCUCCCACAAUCCCAAGUUCACCAAAUAAGAACCUGCACAAACCAUUAAUUACACAAUGAAAUCGAGGGUACAUUAUCAAAUCUCCUUUGCAAGUUGCAACUUAUCAUAAUAACCAUGUGAGCAAGCAUGAUAUAUACAGAAAUGCAAGUUACAUAAUGAUUAAGCAUAAUGAUCAUUCAUAAACAUGGUUUUCUAAUAUUCUACAAAUGAUUUAGUAAGCACUUUGAACUUAAUUCAAUAUUAACUGACAAGACGAUUUUUGGAGCGAUAUGCAAGAGUUUUUGUAAGAACUUCGAAGUUAAACAUGCUUAGUGCAAAGCAGUGUAAAGAUGGGCGGCAACCUAAGAAGUCAUUAUGAUGCAACCUAAAAGUAAAAAUCAUGCGAAAAUAGACUCAAAGCGGGCAAUAUUUUGGUUAGAAAAAUGGUUGGGAUGUUAUAUUAAUUAUGUGAAUUAAAAAAAUGAUAUUAGACUAGAGAGCUACUCAUUAGUGCUACUGACCACUCCCACACCAGCAAUUAAUAUAUAGAAAUUUUUAACGUCGUCGAAAUAAAACCAAAGUAUGAAUUGAUAUAACAAACGACCACAAAUUAUUAACUUGAUCGAUAUUCAAUCAUUAAAAAUUUGUUAAUGAACUAAUCCCUCAUAAGAACAAUAUAAGUACUCGAUACAUAAUAACACUUUAAAACACAUACCCAUAAUAGAGUAUAUAGUCUAAAACAAAUUUAAACCACAAAAUAUUAAAAUGACCGCAAAUUUUAAACCACCAAGUAUUAGAUUCUGAUGUGGCUUCCGUUAAACCACUAAAUGCCCAAAAACUAUUUGUUUACCAAGUAAUAAAGUUAAAACCCAAAGCCCACAUGCCCUUGCCUCCCGUAGCCCAAAUAUAAACCCACGUACACCCUGCCUCAGCCUACCCUUCUUUCUUUGGUCCGUCGUCGGGCUUCGGCCUCAAGAAAUGAGUAGAUGGACACUGGAGGCAAUCGGAACAAGAGGGAGCGGCUGGAAAGCUUUGAGCUGACUGGCCGACUUUCUUCGGUUCGAACGGUUAAUCGUUUGAACCGCUAAUCUACCGUGCGGUUCAAACUGUUGCGGUUACUUAAACCGUGUUAGUUGGGCCUUGUUGGGCCUCGUCUGAUUUGUUUGGAUUAGGGUUUUAACCCUAAGUUUAUCUAUAUAAGUUUAGCUAUCUACUUGUGUGAUAGUAAGCCGUCAAGAUGUAAUCCUAAUAAGAGAUCAGUUGUGAGCUCUUAUGAGCUCACCGUGGAUUAGUCUCGAUCAAUCGAUCGAGGAUACCACGUAAAAUCCUUUGUUUCGUGUGUUCGUUUCAAUUCCGCAUCAUCAAAUUCUACAGAGCAGGUGGCUAACGCUAAAUGAUAGACAGAGAUGGACAGAGGAUGCCAAGGAUGGAGAUCUAUCUCAGAAGUUCGAGUCAAAUUGGUGGAAGUUCUAAGGAACUCAAUGGGAAGCGUUACUUCGAUGUGAAUUAUAAAUUUUGAGAGAUAUCUACAUUGGUAGCUAAGAGUGAUACUAUGUAUGACCAUGCAUGUGGAGUGUUUUCAACAUACGUUACCCUCCCCCGUGGCCGCAUCGACGUCAUCAGUUCAAUGUCAAUUGUGCCGAGGUUGUCUCGCAAAUCCGCCAACAUGAGUCCCGAGUCGUCGCCGGGAGAAUGUUGCUCCGUCAAUCAGUCGCGGUCGUACGUCUAAGGCUUGUGGCGGUGUCACGGCCAUCUCCCGAGGUCAUCGUCUCUUCUCUAAAGUUGGAUUUAGCCAGUAAUAGUCACGAAAGGUCAGCCGCCAUCGCUCCGUCGUCCAAGUAAUUGGGGCCAGAAAGCACCGUCCUCAAGAGGCUCACAUCCUGCGUCGAGCGCGUCGCUAUCCCCAGGGUUCAGCAUCGUCGGCAGGUCGUCAGUUUUGUAGUCUUUGUCAAGCUCAUGUUCGUCUCCAGUUCACACGACCAGAUUAAUUCUUGUCAGUCUUGGACUCCGAUUCCGGUGCUCUCGUCAUUGUGGCCGGGUCUUCUCUUCUCCAUAUUGGGAGAAUGGUUGGUGGGCGUUCGUCCGGUCCAAGGAAUUAGAUGGUUAUCACCAGGUCAAUUAAAGUUUGGAGAUCGAUUUGUGGGCGUUUGCCUUGUGUUCAUGGUGGAAAUUGGUCAACAUAUGUGACGCGACCGCGAGUCCGCCAACAUCCAGCGAAGAUGGCGUCAUCAUCUAAUCUUUCGCACUCAUAGGCGAAAUCCAGUCCGCCGUCAGAUCCAGUCGAUGCGUCGUCAUCAUCUCCGCCAUUCAUUCUUCCUUGUCGUUCUCUUCCUUACGGUGUCCUGUGCUGCUGCAUCUUUCAUUGCCGCGCCACCGUGGAAGGAAGAAGAAGAAAAGGGAAGGGGAACAACAGAUUGCACUUGAGAAAGGAAGGAGGAAUGGCAAAUGAGGUUGUUCCCAACCCUACGGGCCAUACCUUCUCCCCUCCCACGAAUGCGCCGCCCAAAAUCCAAAAUUGGGCAUGUUGACAUUUUCUCUCCAAGUGUUGCCAAAAUAGCUCUUAUGGGCUUUCACAUUUGAUAUGGUAAGGGUUAUGGGCUCUUCUAUCAUAUUUUGGGCUAGCAAUUUCAUUUUGCAGGCUUUUUUCAUCAAAUAUAGUCAAGUAUGGAUUGAGGCAUUCACGUUCCAUAAAAUGGUCGUCCCCCUGGCGUUCAAAAGGUAGUACGAUCAGAGAAGUCAUCGUCCCUUCAUCGUCCAGUUCGCAUUCACGAUCUAAGAAAUGGUCGUCCCCUCUUCCGGUUCAUUAGUGGGCACAUAUCAACCAUUCAUCGCUUUUCAAGCUGGGCAUUCACGAUGUUCAUGCUCAAGCUUGAGGGGGAGAAUAGGAGGUCAACAUACGUCGGUCAACUAACUCAAUCAUCAGGUCGACCACGAUGUACCAAGUGUGUUCAAGUUCAAGAGACGCAGUCAAUCGUCUCCAUCAUCAGGUUGUUCAGAGAGAGUCAGUCGUCUCCAAUCAACCUCGUCCGAGAUGUUAUUCAUCUCGAGUUUUGUGGUUCAAGCCAUCAUGCUUGUUCUUCACAUUUACUUCUUCAAGCUCAACAUUCUUGUCAUUCAUGUCUUCACAUGAGGGGGAGUGUUGCGGUUACUUAAACCGUGUUAGUAUUGGGCCUUGUUGGGCCUCGUCUGAUUUGUUUGGAUUAGGGUUUUAACCCUAAGUUUAUCUAUAUAAGUUUAGCUAUCUACUUGUGUGAUAGUAGGCCGUCAAGAUGUAAUCCUAAUAAGAGAUCAGUUGUGAGCUCUUAUGAGCUCACCGUGGAUUAGUCUCGAUCAAUCGAUCGAGGAUACCACGUAAAAUCCUUUGUUUCGUGUGUUCGUUUCAAUUCCGCAUCAUCAAAUUCUACAAAGCAGGUGGCUAACGCUAAAUGAUAGACAGAGAUGGACAGAGGAUGCCAAGGAUGGAGAUCUAUCUCAGAAGUUCGAGUAAAAUUGGUGGAAGUUCUAAGGAACUCAAUGGGAAGCGUUACUUCGAUGUGAAUUAUAAAUUUUGAGAGAUAUCUACAUUGGUAGCUAAGAGUGAUACUAUGUAUGACCAUGCAUGUGGAGUGUUUUCAAAACUACUCAGGACUUGCAGGAUAUGAAACAAUCUUCACACGGUGCAACCAAUAACGAUGUAUCAUACUCAGGUCAUCAACAUAACUAUCCCAUUGUAGCUGGGCUUAAGACAAACCCAACAGUUGGGCGGUAAAAUAGGAGAUUGAAAGGUCCAUUAGAGUGACGCAAAAGUCACAAAGUUCAAUCAAAAUCACAUGCUCUC